AAGAAGUCAAAACCCUAUUCUAGCAAGGAAACCCAAUCCCAAAUCAACUACGCCCACCACACCGCACUUGGCUCCACUUCACUGCUUCAGCUUCACAAAGGUUAUGCUUCACUGCUUCAACUUCACGAAGGUUCCGCUUCAUUACUUCAGCUUCACGAAAGUGUCCCUCUGCAGGUUCCGCUUCAGCUUCACAAAGGAAUAUGUUGAUUAUUUGAGCCAAAAUGUUACUACUAAUGGAAAAUCUGAAUUGGAUCUAUAUUUGGAGGAAGGAAAUCUUGAUCCAAAGUGUCAUGAAAAGUUAGAUGUGUUAGCUUAUUGGAGGGAUCGUCAUGAUCGUUAUCCAAACCUCUCUCGGAUGGCUUGUGAUGUACUGAGUAUUCCAAUCACUACAGUUGCUAGUGAAUCUGCUUUUAGCCUUGGGUCUCGAGUGCUAACUAAGUAUUGGUCUACCAUUCUUCCUGAAAAUGUAGAGUUACUCAUUCUAACUCAAAAUUGGUUGCAUGGUUUUGAAGAAUUUGAUGGAGAUAAAAUGGAUAUGCAAAGAGAAGAAAUUGUUAUUGACAUUUUCGUGCAAGACUCUAAUUAAGUCUAUUUUGCAAGAUUUUUGUAUGAUAAAACAUUAAAACUUUUUAUUUUGGAGUUUGAACUUUGAUUAUGAUUUGUAGUUAAUUUUGUAUGAUGGGACAUUGAAACCUUUUAUUUUAGACUUUUAUCAUGGUUUGUAUUUAAGUUUGUAUGAUGAGUUAUGACUUAUGGCUAUUAAUGAUGCUAAUUUUAUGGCUAUUGUGUUAAUUUAAAA